AUGAAGUUGCUUGCUUUAAAAACUCUGUCAGAUAUCAGCACAACAGUCAAUUUGUUAUUUGGCUUUCUCCCUGUGUUUUCCUCUCUAAUCAGUCUCUCUCUCUCUCUCCUCCUAACUCCCUAUCAAAUCUCCUACCCCACUUCCUCAAAUUCCUCCGUGUUUCACUCCCUCGUGUCCCGCUCCCACACCUCAUUCUCUCUCUUCUCUUAUUUCACGCGCUCCCACACCCUCUCACUCAGCUCUCACUUCCUCCCACCCUCCCCUAUCUUCAUCUCAGUAUCGUUCUCCCCCUAUCACCAUCACCCCGCCUGCAGCUCCGACGAGCCGCCGGCGCCGCUGCCAGCACCACGAACCCAAGAACCCGAGCCCCUUCUUCCACUGACCGACGGCACCAGGCCGACGCAGCCACUCCCUCGAAUCGCCUCGGCCGAGCUCCGCCUCGCCCAGCUCCGACCGCCCCACUCGCUGCUCGUCCGACCGCCCCUCUCCCUGAAACGCGUCGUCGCCGCUCAGCCCCAGGUCCGCCGCCCCAGCUCCCGAGACCCCUCUCUCGAGCUCCAAGCCGCCGCUCCGACCUCCUCGUCGCUCCUCUCCUCUUCUCCGACGAACGUCCAGACCCAUCACCACCGCCGCCUGCGCCUGACGCCCCCGACAGCGCCCCAUUCUUCACGUCGACCCCCUCGCCGACGAGCUCCACCAACGCUCACGCCCUCCACCAGAACCGCCUCCUCCUCCCGCCCUCUCUCAGAUCCCGACGACCUCCCACCUCCAGCACCGCCUCACCGUCUCCAGCAUGCCCCCUUUUGUACCACCCAGCCCGAACCAGAUCCCCGUUGCCUUCCUCGUCGCCGCCCCGUUGCCGUGCUCGUCCCCGACGCCGCCAUCCGUCCCGAGCCAGCCGCCCCGAGCCAGCCGCUCCAGCCGUCAACGCCGUCGACGUUCAGCGCUCGUCGGAGUUCUUCCUCAGAUCUGUCGCGCUCCACCCGUGCUCAGAUCCGACCCGCGUCGUCGACGUCGACUCGUUCGACGAAACCCCUAGACUUAGAGGAAGAACAGAUUCAGCUGGGAAAUCAUCAGGAGCCAGAGAAUUCUCAGCAGAAGUGCCUAGCGGAUGGAGCAGAAGAAGAAGCUAAAGCUUAGUUAUUGGUCCUCAGUUUUCUUUUGUACUACCUUUUACUUUCAUUUGAUCAGUGUGUUUUUAUAUUCUCCAGUAUUUCAUUCAGAUAGUUUGUAUAAGGGCAUGUUGAUCCGAUUAUUAUGUCUGGGA